AUGCUCAACAAAGUCAUUGAACCUUCGUGUUCUCCUCCUCCACAUGACCAUCACAAGUUGGACUCCAAACUCUCCGAUCAUGAAUGUGAGGAAAUGAUGGCAGACGAUGAUGACAUGCAAGAAAAUGAUCAACCAUACAACCGAAAUGAUACAAAGUCUUCUUCCUCCACUCGACACUCUUUUACCACACGAUUAAAAAACGAACACACCACCAUUCAUGUCAUUGGUGUUUGUUAUUUCCGAGUAUUACAAGGAACCAUUCGAAUUAUGGGAAAGGUGAUAAAAUUAAAUCCUCAAACAUCCUACUUGUUGAAUGCUUCAUGUCAAUUUGGAAUGAUUCCUAUUGAAAAUUGUGGUAAAGAUCAAGCUCUUAUUGAAUUUUACAUUCCAAAUUCAGAAGAUGAACCUUUGAAAUUUGAUCAAUUUGUGAGAUGUUUUUACAUUCACAGAAAUAUGCAAAUUUUUAAUCAUCAAAAAUUAGACAAAUCAAAACGCAAGUUAAAAUCUCUUUACAUCUUUCCAGCCAGUGAUGAAAGUGUUCCUUCACAUGCAUUGAAAUUUACUUUUGCAGACAAUUUUAUCAAGAGAGUGAUGAAUCGAGUCAGCAAAAGUAGUACCAUUCAUAAUAGUAGUCAUAGUAGUAGCAGUAGUACGACAUCUUCCAAAAAGACUCAUCAUUCAAAAUAUUUAAUUGUAGGACAUGGUCUUUCAGGAAAAUCAGUAUUUAGUUCCUAUCUCAUGAAUGUAUUAUUGAAUCAUUAUCCAAAAGUUGCUUUUUUAGAUUUAAAUAUUAAUGUCCCUUCACAUGGUGUGAGAGGUACCAUCUCUCUAUCGAUUCACAAAAGUGCCACUUUUGGUCCAUUACACAAUUCACAAAAUUUUGAAGAAAAUGAAUUAAUCGAUUGGUGUUAUCAUGGACAUGCAUCAACGGAUAUUCAAAUGGAAACUUUUAUUCAUCAAUCUAUGAAACUAUAUGAAAUCUAUUACAAGAAAUUUAAAGAUCUUCCUCUCGUAGUGAAUACUCAGAGUUUACUUCCAUCGACUGGAUAUCAAAUCGUGUUGGAACUUGCUCGUUUAUUUUCACCGAUUGAUGUGAUUAUUUUGAGUAAUUUUAAAAAUCCAUCUUAUAGUCCAUCUCCUUCUGGACCCAUUCAUCAUGAUGCCUUGAAUAAUUAUUUAACAUUUAUUCAUUAUGAUGAUAAUAAGAGUAAUAAUUUGAAGAAUAUUAAGAAUAUGAAUAGUAAGAAUAGUAAUGGUGAUGAUCAUAAUAAGAGUAAUAAUAGUAGUGAUAAUAAUAAUAGUAAUUGUAGUGAACACUAUUUGAAUGUUGAGAACAAUAGUGAACAACAAUUUAAUGGAGAAAAUACUCCAAUCUUUGAUUUGAGAAAUUUGGAAACAUUAUUUAUUCUCGAUUCAAAACAAUCCUAUAGAAAUCACUACUUUUCAAAAAUUAAUAUGCAACACUUUUGGUAUUUUUCAAGAUAUUAUUCAACAGAGGAAUUUCUUUGUCGAUUUAAUCCAUUUUUGAACACCACAACGACAUUGGAGAAUAACAACAACAAUUAUUCAUUGACCACAACUCGAAAUUCAUCUUCAAAUUCAGCAACAACAACAACAACAGGAACAACAACAACCAUCAUGAACCACUCUCAAAGUAUUUAUCAAUUUUUCUCUGAACUUACUCCAUGUCGAAAAAUCAAAUGGAGUUCUCUCAUUAUUACUCUAUUGAAUAUGGAUCCAAGUGAACUCUCUCAAGGUCUCUAUCAUCUCAAUGCUUCAUUUGUAGGAAUGUAUAAAUUCUCACACCAUUCCAAUGGUUUCUAUUCGACUCUCUCUCAACAUUACACCAAAUCUGAAUAUCCUCUCAUGACUCUCAAGACGAAUGCCGAGUUGGAGACUCAAUUCAUUGGAAUUGGUUUCGUUAAGAAGAUUUGUCCCUACGAGAAGGUCAUUUACUUGUGUGCUCCCUUAAGGGAUGAUGAAGAAGUGAUUCAUCAUUUGACUGUGGGUACUUGUGUGUUUGAUUUCAAUCCAGAGGAGGAAGAAGCCAUGACGAGUCACUUGAGGUCUGUGAGGAUGAAGCAUGCUCAAACGUUUGAAGGAUCUUCAUCAUCAUCAUCAUGGAUGGACUCGUCGUCGUCGUCGUCGUCCUCUUCAUUGAGUCCUCUCAUGACCAGUCAUCAUCAACCCUACUUUCAAUACAAAUCCAUGACGAUUGAUAAGGGAGAAAUAUUACUGAAUGCUCAUCGAGUGAAACUUGAACAACAAAUGCAACAACAUUAUACCACCAAGAAGAAAUAG